GGGGCUUAGCGGUUCACAUUUUGUCGUGAAAUCAACACAUUUUGAGAAGUUAAUUGUCUUCAGGAAACACAUGUUAAAUAUAUAUCGCUUUAUGUCAAUAUAAGCAUAAAAAAAUCGUAUUUCCUCGGUCAUAACCGUCACAGUUAUCCUGUCGUCGACUUGCAGAUGAAGUGAUCCAGAACGACGUCGUGCGUGACGUGACGCCACCGUCAAACAUGGCUGACAAAGAAAACACAAACAUGGAAGUCGAUAAGGAAAAGGAUAAACCGCUCGCUAACAAAGUUGAGUCACUCGUUGACAAAGUCACCCAAAGAAUAGGCAACCAUGACAGUGUCGACGGCAAGAAAAACGCCGGCGAAAGCCGCGCCACGACGGAGUACUGCGAACAGCUGCAGGCGUGGAUGUGGCAGUACUACAGCGGGUACGUGAACUGGCAGAGCUGGCUGGCAGCGUCAGCCAUGUCCUACCCGUGUUAUCUACAGUCCACCGGAGGGACGUCGGCGGCACCUCCAGAUAUCAGCUCCCACAGCUGGUAUAACGGGCCGUUUGGUCUUCCGCUGUCGCCGUAUCCACCUGCCGUCACCUCCCCGAGCAGCCGCGCAGGUGAGGCGGCUGGCGGCGCUGCGGUGUCCGCUCAGCCGCAGCAGCUCCCGCAGGAGAAUGGAAACGCACAGAGACCAGGUCGUGAGUAUAGCAUUCCUUCGCCUCUCCAAAGACUCCUUGCUGAGAUGGUGGAUUUCUUCAUAUUGUUUUUCAUCAAAGCGACAAUAAUCAUCAGUAUUAUGCACCUGAGUGGAAUCAAGGAUGUUUCCAAGUUUGCCAUGCAUUUCAUAGUGGAAGAAAUAGAUGAGGACACGUCGAUGGAAGAGCUUCAGAAAAUGAUGCUUGUUGCACUUGUGUACCGGAUAUUAGUGUGUUUUUAUGAGAUUGUGUGCAUUUGGGGAGCAGGAGGAGCCACUCCAGGGAAGUUUCUCAUUGGACUCAGAGUUGUUACAUGUGACUCGUCAGUUCUGGUUCAGCCUAACAGGGUGCUUGUUGUGCCAGCAACUAACGUCUCUCUGUCUGCAUCAACUGUCCGAGCUUUGAACAAGAACUUUUCCAUCGCCUUCUUUUUCCCGGCCUUCAUCACACUUCUGUUCUUCCAGCACAACAGGACUGUGUAUGAUAUGGUAGCUGGUACAAUUGUUGUCAAGCGCUCCAGAAUCAGAUGACGCAGAAGAGUCCAGAAGAGAGUCCUAAUACUGAGCAGGCACUGUGUGGUGUUUUUUUUUUUUUUUUUUUUUUUUUUUUAAUGCCUGCAGAACUUGGACAUUGUCCUUUCAGAGUAUUGUCGGGAAAAUGCAGGAGCAUUAAGGUGGUUUGAGAAAGUUUGAUACACCUCAGUAUGAACUGUAUUUCUGCAUGUGUAUCUACAUGCUGCACUCUGAUCUGUUCCUGUGCCAAAUCGUUGUCUCCUUCUGAAGAAAGGAACGAUGAAAUGAUGGUACAUGCUAACUUUUCAAUGAACACUAGAUUUGCCUCUUUUUAAAUACUCCUCCAGAUUAAGGGCGAAUGUCGUUCUGUAUUUAUGUCGCUAAUGCAUUCACAAGAUUAUACCUUCAGUAUCUCUUUGUAUUAAAAAUUGUCUUAAGAGUU